CAUAGAAUGUGAACUUUUACUUUUAUCUAUCCAUCUAUGGAAAUGUGAACACAAAACAUUGAAUUCUUCAAAUGUGUGAAAUAAUGAAAACAUCAAUUCAUUAACUGAUUAUACUGCUAUUCCUGCCAGACAGCUUGAAGCUCCUCCCACAACAACUCACCUUCAAUGAAGCUCCUCCCACAACAACUCGCCAAUAAAUGCUGUAAUAUUCCCAUCAGCCUAGAAGUGAAGCAGAGCUGAACACUGAGGACACGAGAGACCCAGAACCCUGCAGAAUGGAACAUGAAGAGACCAAAGAACAAAGAGGCUUCAUGGAACAGAUCGAGGAGAGUGAAGAACAGGAGAAAAAUCAUCACGUCAAAACUGGAGAAAUGUCAUUCAGGAGAGCCAAAAAUUCUUGCCCUCAGACUGGAAAGAGAUUACCAAACAAACAAAGCCUUAAACUUCACAUGAGGGUUCAUGGUGGAGAGAAGAUACACACAUGUGAUCAAUGCGGGAAGAGUUUUACACGAAAAUCAGGCCUGAAGACACAUAUGAUAAUCCACAGCGGAGAGAAACCACACACAUGUGAUCAGUGUGGAAGGAGUUUUGCACUAAAAGGAAGCCUGAAGAAACACAUGAGGACCCACACUGGAGAGAAACCACACACAUGUGAUCAGUGUGGGAUGAGUUUUACACGAAAAUCAAGCCUGAAGACACAUAUGAUAAUCCACAGCGGAGAGAAACCACACACAUGUGAUCAGUGUGGAAGGAGUUUUGCACAUAAAGUAAACCUUAAGGUACACAUGAAAAUCCACACAGGAGAGAAACCACACAUGUGUGAUCAAUGUGGAAAGAGUUUUGCACAUAAAGUAAGCCUUAAUGGUCACAUGAAGAUCCACACUGGAGAGAAACUGUACUCAUGUGAUCAAUAUGGGAAGAGUUUUACACAAACAGGACACCUUAAGUUACACAUGAGGAUCCACACUGGAGAGAAACCGCACACAUGUGAUCAAUGUGGAAAGAGUUUUGCACAUGAAGGAAGCCUGAAGAAACACAUGAGGAUCCACAGCGGAGAGAAGCCGUACACGUGUGAUCAGUGUGGAAAGAGUUUUACCCAAAAAGUAAACCUUAAGGUACACAUGAAAAUCCACACAGGAGAGAAACCGCACACAUGUGAUCAGUGUGGAAGGAGUUUUGCACAUAAAGUAAACCUUAAUGGUCACAUGAAGAUCCACACUGGAGAGAAACCACACAUGUGUGAUCAGUGUGGAAAGAGUUUUGCACAUAAAGUAAACCUUAAGGUACACAUGCAUAUCCACACUGGAGAGAAACUGUACUCAUGUGAUCAGUGUGGGAAGAGUUUUACACAAAAAGGACACCUUAAGUUACACAUGAGGAUCCACACUGGAGAAAGGCCGUACUCAUGUGAUCAGUGCGGGAAGAGUUUUACAGAUGCGAGCACUCUUAAAUCACAUCUGCGUUCGCAUUCUGGAGAAAGACCAUUUUACUGUGACCAGUGCGGGAAAACUUUUACAUCAGCUUCAAUCCUAAGGGUUCACCUGAAAAUUCACACAAAAGAAAAGCCUCAUGUGUGUUCUUUGUGUGGAAAGUGUUUUAGGGUGCUGAGUGGCUUAAAAGAACACCAGAAAAGACACAGUGGUGUGAAGGAACAUAUGUGCUUUGAUUGUGGGAAGAUCUUUUUUAAUGCCGCUGAGCUGAGAAAGCACCAGACAGUUCACACUGGAGGAAAGAGGUGUUCACUUUCUGAGCUCCAUGAAGGAGACAAUGCGCACAUUCGUGCCAUCAUUUUGCCAAGUGGCAAUGGAAAAUUCCAGUCUUCAAACUACACUACCAUUAAAGAUGGGACUGGUUCUGGCAGGAACCGCUGCGGAGCAGCCCAGUACAUAGCCAUGCACAGAGAGAAGAAGAACAUUGAAGUGGACAGCCAUAGGUUCCUGCAGAAAGUCCCAGCUGACCUCUGCAUGUACUGCAUCACUGCCUGUGCCAAGAUGGCGUUCAUUAAAGAGGAGAGUGAAGACAUCAGGAUUGAAGAAGUAUUCAGUUUGAAACAAGAAGAUACUGCGGAACAAACAGACCUGAUUGAGAAGAGUCGAGAGCUGAAGGAUAUGGAAGAGAAAGAGCAGAAUGAGAAAGAUCAUGAUUUAAAAAUUGGAGAAAAGAAGAUAGAAUCUAACAGUUUUACCUGCCAUCACUGUGGAAAGAGUUUCAAUCGAAAACGAAACCUUAAGGUCCAUAUGAGAGUUCACACUGGAGAGAAGCCUUACACCUGUCAACAGUGUGGAAAGAGUUUCGUUCAAAAAGGAAGCCUUGCAGUCCACAUGAGAAUUCACACCGGAGAAAAGCCUUAUACUUGCUCUCAGUGUGGACAGAGUUAUACACAUAAAAGCAAUCUUAAUUCCCACAUGAGAACUCACAGUGGGGAAAGCUUGUUCUCCUGCCAACAGUGUGGAAAGAAUUUCAUUCAAAAACAAAACCUGGCAGUCCACAUGAGGAUUCACACUGGAGAGAGACAUUUUAUCUGUAAACAGUGUGGAAAGAGUUUCACUCAAAAAGGAAACCUUGAAGUCCACAUGAGAAGUCACACUGGAGAAAAGCCUUAUAUUUGCUCACAGUGUGGACAGAGUUUUAUACAAAAAAGCAACCUUAAUUCCCACAUGAGAAUUCACAGUAGAGAAAGCUUGUACACCUGCCAACAGUGUGGAAAGAAUUUCAAUCAAAAACAAAACCUUAAAGUCCACAUGAGGAUUCACACUGGAGAGAGACAUUUUAUCUGUAAACAGUGUGGAAAGAGUUUCACUCAAAAAGGAAACCUUGAAGUGCACAUGAGAAGUCACACUGGAGAAAAGCCUUAUACUUGCUCUCGGUGUGAAAAGCGUUUUACACAUAAAAGCAACCUUAAUUCCCACAUGAGAACUCACAGUGGAGAGAGCUUGUUCACCUGCCAACAGUGUGGAAAGAAUUUUCUUCAAAAACAAAACCUGGAAGUCCACAUGAGGAUUCACACUGGAGAGAGACAAUUUAUCUGUGAACAGUGUGGAAAGAGUUUCACUCAAAAAGGAAACCUUGAAGUCCACAUGUGGAUUCACACUCAAGAGACAUUUUAUCUGUAAACAGUGUGGAAAGAGUUUCACUCAAAAAGGAAACUUUAAAUUCACAUGAGAAUUCACACUGGAGAGAAGCAACAAUACCUAAAGUCUGUCUACACUGGAUACGACAAAGCAACUGUUGCAUAUCAUUUGAACUUUGUGCCAGUACGUCAUAAAUAGAACGAGGGAGUAGUUUACUGUCAGGGAUUUUGUUGUGUUGCGCCACAUUCAGUGUGGACAGCAUCGCUGACUAUGAGUUCUGUAAUAUUUUGUCACGCUGCGCCGCUUGUGUCCAGUGUAGACAUGGUGUUACACUUUCACUUAGUGUGGAAAGAGCUUUACUCACAAAAAACACUCUUAAUAAUCACAUG